UCUCCCAUUCCCCUCUGGAUCCCCAUCGUCCCCCCUCUCUCCUGUGGGUCGAUUUUGAGCUCGCAAGCUCACGCGGUCACCGCUUCCUCGCCGUCGUUGACUCGUCCACCGACCUCUCCGGCGGGCGGGAGCACGUCCUGGACGUUCAUCGCGUUCGUCCGCGUCUGUUCUGGGCAUCAGAGCUAGGAGUGGAGCUGCGUAGCCAUCGCCAUCAACCUCGUCUCCUCUGCUUCGGCCACCGCACGUCGUCGUCGUCGAUCUACACCACCGCGACCUCACCGGCCUCCUCGAGCACGCCAAGCACCCUGUUGAGCCAGAGGAAAUGCAUCUCAAGUACACCAAUUAGUAGGUAUGAGAGGAUUAAUGUCGGACCCUCAAGGACAAAUGAUUGAUUUACCUAUCCAAAGCAAUUUACGCGAGGGACUUUCUUUGACAGAAUAUAUAAUUUCCUGCUAUGGAGCCCGCAAAGGGGUUGUAGAUACUGCUGUGCGAACAGCAGAUGCUGGAUAUCUUACACGUAGACUUGUUGAAGUAGUUCAACAUAUUAUUGUGCGUAGAAGAGAUUGUGGUACUAUCCGAGGUAUUUCUGUAAGUCCUCAAAAUGGGAUGACGGAAAAACUUUUUGUCCAAACACUAAUUGGUCGUGUAUUAGCAGACGAUAUAUAUAUCGGUUCACGAUGCAUUGCCGCGCGAAAUCAAGAUAUUGGAAUUGGAUUAGUCAAUCGAUUCAUAACUGCCUUUCGAGCACAACCAUUUCGAGCACAACCAAUAUAUAUUAGAACCCCCUUUACUUGCCGAAGCACUUCUUGGAUCUGUCAAUUAUGCUAUGGCCGGAGUCCUACUCAUAGUGAUCUGGUCGAAUUGGGAGAAGCCGUAGGUAUUAUUGCGGGUCAAUCAAUUGGGGAGCCAGGGACUCAACUAACAUUAAGAACUUUUCAUACUGGCGGAGUAUUCACAGGGGGUACUGCCGACCUUGUACGAUCCCCUUCGAAUGGAAAAAUAAAAUUCAAUGAGAAUUUGGUUCACCCCACACGUACCCGUCAUGGGCAGCCUGCUUUUCUAUGUUAUAUAGACUUUCAUGUAACUAUUCAGAGUCAAGAUAUUCUAUAUAGUGUGAAUAUUCCCUCAAAAAGCUUGAUUCUAGUGCAAAAUGAUCAAUAUGUAAAAUCCGAACAAGUAAUUGCGGAGAUUCGUGCCGGAACGUCCACUUUACAUUUUAAAGAAAGGGUACAAAAGCAUAUUUAUUCUGAAUCAGACGGCGAAAUGCACUGGAGUACUGAUGUUUACCAUGCGCCCGAAUAUCAAUAUGGUAAUCUUCGCCGAUUACCAAAAACAAGCCAUUUAUGGAUAUUGUCAGUAAGUAUGUGCAGAUCCAGUAUAGCGUCUUUUUCACUCCACAAGGAUCAAGAUCAAAUGAAUACUUAUGGUAAAAAAGAUAGGGAAAUUCUUGAUUAUUCAACGUCGGAUCGAAUCAUGUCCAAUGGCCAUUGGAAUUUUAUCUAUCCUUCUAUUUUUCAAGAUAAUUCAGAUUUGUUGGCGGAAAAGCGAAGAAAUAGGUUCGUCAUUCCAUUACAAUAUCAUCAAGAACAAGAGAAAGAACUAAUAUCCUGUUUUGGGAUUUCGAUUGAAAUCCCCCUUAUGGGUGUUUUACGUAGAAAUACUAUUUUUGCUUAUUUUGACGAUCCCCGAUACAGAAAAGAUAAAAAGGGUUCAGGAAUUGUUAAAUUUAGAUAUAGGACCCUAGAAGAAGAAUAUAGGACUCGAGCGGAAGACUCAGAAGAGGAAUAUGAGACCCUAGAAGACGAAUACAGGACCCGAGAGGACGAAUAUGAAUAUGAAACCCUAGAAGAAUCUAAAUAUGGAAUCCUAGAAGACGAAUACGAAUAUGAAACCCUAGAAGACGAAUAUGGGAGCCCAGAAAACGAAUAUGGGAACCCAGAGAACGAAUAUAGGACUUUAGAGAAAGACUCAGAAGAGGAAUAUGGGAGCCCAGAGAGCAAAUAUAGGACCCAAGAGGACGAAUAUGGAACUCUAGAGGAAGACUCAGAAGACGAAUAUGGCAGCCCCGGGGAAAGCGCAGAGGAAAAAUAUGGUACUUUAGAGGAAGACUCAGAAGAAGAUUCAGAGGACGAAUACGAGAGCCCAGAGGAAGAUUCCAUCUUAAAAAAAGAGGGUUUGAUUGAGCAUCGAGGAACAAAAGAAUUUAGUCUAAAAUACCAAAAAGAAGUAGAUCGGUUUUUUUUCAUUCUUCAAGAACUUCAUAUCUUGCCGAGAUCUUCAUCCCUAAAGAUACUUGACAAUAGUAUUAUUGGAGUGGAUACACAACUCACAAAAAAUACAAGAAGU